AUGGCGAAACUUGUGGUCGAGAAUCAUCUUAGCUAUAGUCUCAUCGGUGAUGAUCUUGCUGAUAAUGUUGAAGCAAAUCACCUUGAUAAGAUGGCUCACAAACACCCCGUUACUGUUAGUUUCCGAAUGGACUUUUGGCAGCACAAAAAUAAGGUCAAUUCAAAAAAAAUAACAACACUUUCCCAGUAUGAUGGCCAACAAUUGCGUCGAGGGAUCUAUCUGGAAACUCGUAUUGCACAUACAUGUGUUGCAAUACAGGGAGCCUUUGAAGGAAAGCAUGUCGAGGGUGCAAAUAAAAGUUUAAAUUAA